AGGUUAAAGGAUAUUUGUGGACCGUAAAAAAGAAGAAAAUGAUGAAUAGUUUGCCUGCAGCGCCUCUUCUCCCUCGCCAAGACGCUCUGAGACGCUUGUUAUUUCACACGUUUUUUCGAGCUGAGGAUGCCAAUGGGCCGCUGAGAGGUGACUGGGAGCUGAGUGAUGGCGGAGCCUGCGCCAGACACUUCGGGGUUUUCCCAGGACCUUUUCUCCCCACUGCAGUUUUGUGAGGUGGUACAGGAAGGCCAGACAGCUCACCACCAUGUUAAAGAGGAGGAGCAGCAGCAGCAGCAGCAACAACAACAACAACAACAACAACAACAACAACAACAACAACAACAACAACAACAACAACAGCAGCAGCAGCAGCAGCAGCAAGCCUCACAAGCACAGCCACGCCACACUCAGCAGCUGACGGCCGCUGCUACUGCCACGUCCCUCCCAAUGCCACAGGUUGCAUCCCUGGUGAGCCUGGCUGGGGUGACUACCAGCACGGCACCUCAGCAUGGCCACCUGCAGCCCCAGACAGUGGUGGCACAGAUGGUGCCACAUCCGCAUGUCCAGCAGCAGCAGCAGCACCCACACUUGCACCAGCAGCCCCACACCCAACCCAGGCUCCUCCAGCAGCAGCAAAUGGCUGUCCAGCAGGCUACAGCACAGCAGCCAAUGGCACAGCAGCAGCUCAUGCAGCAGCACCAACAGCAGCAGCAGGUCCAGCAACAGCAAUCUCAGCAGCAGCAGCAACAGACACAGAUGAUACAGUCACAGCAGCAACAGCAACAGCAAACUCAGCAGCAGCAGCAGCAAGCAAAACAGCUUCAACAGCAACAAGUACAAACAUUACAGCAAAUACAUCAGCAUCUACAACAACAAGCACAACAGCAGCAACAACAGCAACAAGCACAACAGCAGCAGGUGCAGCAGCCAGCACAACAACAACAACAGCAGCAGCAGCAGCAGCAGCAGCAGCAACAGCAAGUACAGCAGGUACAGGAACAACAAAAACAGCAACAAGCACAGCAACAUGUACAGCAACAAAUUCAACAAGUUCAGCAGCAGCAGCAGCAGGCACCACCACCACCACCACCCCCACACUCCCAGCCACAGCAGAUACUCACGUCAGUCAGCAGCGUUCAGAUCGUCAACAGUCUGCAGCUGCCCGUGGCAGUGCAGCAUGCAGCGGCCACAGCUGUGACGGGCAACAAGGUGGUGGCCUCCUGUCCCAUCACCACCACCCCCACACCCGCCUCAGUCCCCCCACCACUCAUAGUCAUCGUCAACAAGAGCAACACCGGCCCCACCUCCAAUCCCAUUAACACUGCCAUUGGCAGCAGCAAUGGCAUCAUCAGCAGCACCACCACCAACAACAACGCCAACAUCACCAGCAGCAGCAACAGCCAGACAACCCUGGUGCCACAAACAGCACCAACCACUACCACAACCACCACCACUACCUCUGCCACACCUGUCACCAAUGGAGCAGUAAGCAGUGAAGAUGUGAAGCCAGUGCCUGUGAAGAGGACGUGGCGGCGACCGUGGAAGAAGAAGAAGGAGAGAGAGAAGAAGCAGCCGGUGAAGAAAGCCCGGCGAGUCAAAAGAAAACGCAUCAUUGUCCCCAAGAAAAAUAUUAUCCACAUUGAUCCUAAGAAUGGCCCAAUGAUUGACACCUCACUGAACCGCAUCAAGAGGGAGAGUGAGGAGGCCAUCAACCAGCUCAAGCAGAAGAGACAGCGGAUCAAACUAAACCGAAACUCAGGCCGGGAGUACGUCAAUCGCCUGGGGAAGGUGGUGGGUGCUCGAAUAAUAGGUCCACCUUGCCACUGUCCCCUCAAGUGCUGGGAGCGCAUGGGUUCCAAAAUACUUGAGAUCUUUAACAACUUCUGGGACCUGAGUGACUUCAACCUACAGAACUCGUACCUCUUUACCUGCCUCAAGCUGUGUGACGUUAAGCGCCGCUACACCAAGAAGCCGGCGGAGGAGUCGCGGCGCCAGAACACCUUUGAGUACUUUGUGCGUAUCAACGGCAAGCACUUGAGGGUGUGCAAACGCGCCUUCAUGAGCUGCCAUGGCCUGACCAGUGACAAGCGACUCCGCACACUUUUCCAUCAGAUGAAGGAUGGAGCACUGGUGCCUGAGCCGGACCGCCGCGGGAAACACCUGCGACCUGUCAAGUCACCCAAUGGACAGGUCAGUCCAUCAGACCAGCAGCCACACCAGCCACACCACUCACACCCACACCACCAGACACAGCCAUACACCAACACCAACACCACCACCAAGAGCAAGAAGGCCCGAGGAUCCAGCAAGAAAAAGCAAAAUGGGAAAGCAGACACAGGAGUGAAUGCAAAUAGCAAAACCAUGUACACACCUCCACCGCCACCCAUGAGCCACAUCCACCCCCACUGCACCCCACCGCCACCCCCCGCACACGGGGCCACCAUGCAGGAGCCUCCCCAUGCCUACAUACCUAAUGGAGACAUUUACUUCCCUGGCCAUUACCUGGAGCCCCACCAGACUAUGGCCCCCCCACACAUGAACCAGAUCCCUCCCUGCCAGAAGAUGCUGGAGAGUCCUGCCUACUUCAUGGCCGGGAUGAAGGAAAACACCUUCCACCAGUAGGUGUGUGUCUGUGUCUGUGUGUGUGUGAGAGAGAGAGAGUGAAGAUAAGUGUUGUUUUUUUAGAUAACAUUGAUAUAAUGAUUCAUCAUAAUCUAAAACCCAAAAUUUGCACCAGGCCAUUUUGAUCCAACUGAAGAAGUCAUCAGCUGUCAGAGUUGUCAGGCAAGGAGAAUUGCAUCUAAGGAUUGACACUGACCACAGAACUGAAUUGUUUAGGCAAAGCACUUAAAAUGUUCAUCUUAGGGAGACACACCUAAAUUCAAAAUAUUACCUGAAUCUCAUUUGUAAUUUACAUGAUUUUU